UAAAAAUGAAGGUUAUGCAGCUAUUGCGGAGUUUUUUUUUUUAGUAAUUUCAUUCAAAUUUCCCUUAAAUUAAGCAUCUGGACAGGACAGGUGAUGAAUAGCCAGAGAUCCUCCUCUGCAGUCCGAGCCCAGUCACUUAUCCUGGGGACUGACCACUUUCUCACAGUGCUUCAGUGAUUAAUAUGGCACCCAUCAUGGAGGGCACUCACACUGUGUUGCUCCUGUAUGCACCCAUCCGUGAGCUAAGCCACAUCAGCCUGUAUUUCCCCAAGAGGCGGGCCCCGGUCUUCAAGUACAAGAGCCGCGCCCCUCAUUCAGAAAGGUUUACUAAUGACCAUGACUGGGGAAAGGAGGAUCUUGCAGUGUCCGAACAAAGAGGCCAGUCUUCUUACUCUUCAGGCGAACUCCUCAACUCCCAGCGGGCAACAAAGGAAGCAGUUGCAGAGCUCUGCUGGCUGGCGGCUGAGAACCACCAGUUGCUUGCAGAUCUUUUAUCGCUGUGUCGGGUUUGUGCCAAUAAAGUAAGGAUGGGCAACCAGGAUGGGAAACUCCAGGAGUACAUGGAGGGUCAGGAAGUUCACCUUGGAGGUCAGGUUCUCAGCAGCACCAACUGUCCUCCCGCUGGGUCUCCAGAGCAGAAGAAAGCAAUGUCCAAGAGCAAAAAACUGAAGAAGUUAGGAGGUAAAAAGCUUGACAGUGCUGAGGAUUUUCUGCACAGCAAGAUGAAGAAGAAAGUUUCAAAUGGGACAUCAUCAAAUGCUCCAAACGGUGUGUCAAAAUCUUCACCCUCAGUAACAAAACAGAUCCCUGGUGCACCUUACCCUGUCCCUGUCUCUGACAGCUCAGUCACCGGCUCUUAUGUCAGCGCCGUCAGUAACCCCAUCCUCCCCAUGGAGGAAAACUUCAAGAUCGGUCAUGAGGGUUGGGACUUCAUGGAGGACAACCGUGUGUUUGACCCAGACAUAGAUUUCUGUGCUGACUUCUCAGAGUGCGAUGGUGAGCUAGGUUACGAGUCGUCAUUUUGCAACCUGACUGAAGGUCGGACCCGACGAGAAAGUGGCAGCAACCUUCGACCAAUUAAGAAAUGUGAUUCUCUAGAUGAGACAUUAACUGAGAACGUCAAGGGAACCAACCAGGGGGUCAGAGCGGUGGCGAAAGUGCAGCAUGUAGAAGGGAAAGUUAAACAUGUCAACCACACUGAAGGGCCUUGUGUGACUCAUCCUGGGCCUAGCAGUUGCCAGCAGGAGUACGGAAACUGGAGUGGACCAAAUCAGGGAGAAAAACCAGGCCGGAAACUUUCAAAAGGGCUACAGUUGCCUUUGUCCAACACAAACGAACCAUACCUCCAAAGCAAAUCCCACCUCAAGAGCCCCUCUUCACCGUCUCUGGCUGGGGUCUUCAACACCUCUUUCCCUGCAUCUAACAGCCUCCAGAGCAUGUCCCCUAUCCUGUCCCCCCUGUCCUCCAAGCAGGAAAGCCCACAGCUCAACCACCGGAUCGUGAUGCUCUCUGACAAGGAUAUAGACGUAGAGCAGGAUAGUUCUAGCAACACAGACGAGCCUAAAAUCUUCACUGAGGUCAUCGACAGGAAUGGCAACAAGCGGACUGUCACCCGUCUGGAUCUGAACCUCAGCAGGCGGCCAAGCAACUCCAAAUGGAAUUCCUCCAGCAACUCCACAACAACAGAGGAUUCCCUCUUGCGUCAGGAUGACAUUUGGAUGCUGGAUGGCGAUGAUCCUCAGGACACCAUCUCCCGCGUUCCACGCCCCGAUCACCUGGACUUCCUGCGCAUCACGCCGCCUGAGGAUGACAUCAUUGGGGACACACCCUACAUUCCCAAGCUGGAGUGCACGACAGAGAUUGUGUCGCCUUCAGACAGCGAAGACCGGACUCCAGGGCGUCUGCAGGCUGUGUGGCCCCCACCCAAAGGGAAAGAUGAGGAAGAGAAGGUGGGGCUGAAAUACACUGAAGCAGAGCACCAGGCUGCCCUCUUGCAGCUGAAGAGAGAGUGCAAAGAGGAGCUGGAGAGGAUGCAUUCCGACUUUGAGCUCAAGAUCUUCCAGCUACGAGGGGAAAAUGCCGUCUCUCUGUCACACCUGGAGGGAGUCAUCGCAAAGAUGCAGCGAGACAGGUCGUACAACUCUGGCCUGGAGCGAGUUGGGGUCUGCGAUGUGGCUGUCUCCACCACGGACGACCCAACACUAAAGAUGAAUCGCACUGUGGGGGUCCAGACAGACAGGGACACCUUCAUCAGGAGCCCUGACGGAGACCCAGGCGGGCUGGCCCAAAGCCCCAGCCAGAGCAUCCCAAAAAGACUCAACCUAGACUCUAUCGGACUAAAUAAAAAAGCUGAAACUGCCUCAGGGCCUCCUGCACCACCUCCUCCUCCACCUCCUCCCCCUCCUGUUCCUGGCUUCUCUGGACCUCCACCAGCUCCUCCUCCUCCCACUUCCCUAUCGGGCCUCUCGGGACCUCCACCACCACCGAUACCACCUCCCCCUCCCCCUUUGCCCGGCAGCAUGGGAGCACCACCACCACCACCUCCACCACCACCUCCUCCUUUCUUUGGAGGUGGUCCACCUCCCCCACCUCCUCCACCGUUGCCUCCUGGCCUACCUGGAGCUGGACCACCUCCUCCUCCCCCUCCACCAGCUUUCGGCGCACCACCUCCUCCCCCUAUGGGGGGCUUUGGUUUUGGCCAGAAGGUGGAAAAGGCCCCGCGGAAACCUGCCAUUGAGCCAGCAUGUCCUAUGAAGCCUCUGUACUGGAACCGGAUCCAAAUACAGGACAAUAACAACAACUCCCUGUGGGGUUCUCUAGAGGAGCCGAGCAUCAUCAACGCCAACGAGUUUGAGGAUCUUUUCUCCAAAGCCACGCUGCAGCCCAAGAAGAAGCCUCUAUCGGACACCUACGAGAAGAAAGCCAAAACGAAGAAGAUAAUCAAACUACUGGAUGGGAAGCGUUCACAAGCAGUCGGCAUCCUCAUAUCAAGCCUGCAUCUGGAGAUGAAGGACAUUCAGCAAGCUGUUCUUACUGUGGAUAACUCUGUGGUGGACAUGGAAACUAUUGAGGCGCUAUAUGAAAAUAGGGCCACCAGCGAUGAGAUGGACAAGAUAACAAAACACUAUGAGACAGCCAAAGAGGAGGAAGUAAAACUGCUGGACAAACCUGAACAGUUUCUUUACGAGCUCUCACAGAUUCCCGACUUUGCAGGCCGAGCACGCUGCAUCAUCUUUCAGUCAGUUUUCCUUGAUACCAUCGCCUCCAUCCGCCGCAAAGUGGACAUUAUCUUGAAUGUCUGCAAAGAGCUGUUAGAGUGUGAAAAUCUAAGGAAUAUAUUGGGUCUUGUCUUAGCCUUUGGGAACUAUAUGAAUGGAGGGAACAGGACAAGAGGUCAGGCUGACGGCUUUGGACUGGAAAUCCUUCCAAAACUAAAAGAUGUCAAGAGCAGGGACAAUCGUAUGAAUCUGGUGGAUUAUGUUGUUCUAUACUACCUGCGUAAUUUUGACAAGCAUGCAGGCACAGAUAAGAGCGUGUUUCCUCUGCCAGAGCCUCAGAGUUUCUUCCAGGCUGCUCAGGUGAAGUUUGAAGAUCUCUCAAAGGACAUCAGGAAGCUGAAGAAAGAUCUGACUACUUGUGAGAAAGACGUACAGAAGGUGUGUGACAACUCUUCAAGGGAGCACCUCAAUCCAUUUAAGGGGAAGAUGGAAAGAUUUAUCUCUGCUGCUCAAAAGGAUCAUUCAGCAGAAGAGGACCGACUCAAUGCAGCACAGAAAAGUUUCCAGGACACAGUGAACUACUUUGGGGUUAAGCCAAAGUCUGGGGAGAAAGAAGUGGCCCUGAGUCAUGUUUUUAUGCUGUGGUACGAGUUCAUCAAUGACUUCAAGAACGCCUGGGUACGACAGAGCAAGAACGUCUCCAAAGAGAAGUUGAAGGAAGCUGAAGAAAACAUCAAGAAGAUAACAGCGGAGAAGAGGGUUGAAACCAAGAAAGUCAACGCCAACAGUCUGAAAGAGAGGCUGCGGCAGAAGGAAGCUGGUGUCUCCUUGAGCUGAAUGACAGCAGAAGAAGAAAUGAGGAGAUCAAGAAGGCCUCUUCCCUCUUUCCCGACAAAACCUCACCGGACUCUAACAACUCCCACUGCCAUAUCUCUGCCCUACUAACCUCUGCCCGUCCCCACCCUAUGCUCCGCCACGCUCUCAUCAAGGUUUUUCUGCCUGCUGCACAGACAGAAGUCGGGCCUGCAGGGAGGAUGCAUGGCUGACACCACUGCAGUGAUGAGAGUGUGAGAGGGUAAAGGUUGAUCUCAUUCAUCCAGAGUGACGUGACCUCUGAGUGGCCGGCCUGUGAAAGGUCUCAGCGGGUCAGCGGGAUUCACAGCAGAGCCAGCUGACACAUCCACGAGGAGUUUCUUCUGCACUGUCAAAGUUACAUCAGAGAGCAGAGGGAUGAGGCUUCUGUGUAUUCAAAGAGGGAAAUGUCUCUGUAAGUGGUAAAAAUACAGUUCCCAUUGUCUUUUUUUUUUUGUAGCUUUUCAUUCACCACAGCUCAUUAAAAAUCUUGUAAAUAUGUCAUGUAGCAUCGGCAGGGACCAUGCAGCGUCUGAUCUGCGCAGAGGAAGUGUGAUAAUGUCUGUCCACCAAUCAGAAUGUAAAGAUUACCCACCCUUUUGUGUACCUGACUGACGGCCAGAGAGGGGACGAUGACUGUCUCACUCACACAAACUUGAACUUCUGGCCCCGCAUCCACUCACGCCUGAUAUUAAAUAUGCAUUUUAGAGUAUCCUCGACAGACAUCACAGUGUGUGGUGCACAUUUUUAAGCACUUUACCGCUUGCAGAAGCUGUUUGUCAUAGCUCGCGAUAAGUCCCACUCCCCUUGUAUGCUAUCUGUAUGUGUUUUUCAUGUCUUGCACUUUUUUUUAACACCUCUUUUCCUAUGCAAAGGUUUCCUUGUUGUAACAUUUAUGAAUUUCAUUACUUCAUGUUUGUCAUGUUUUUUUAUUUUAUUUCUCAAAAAGUGUAAGAAACUUUGUUUUAUUUUGUAAGGUGUAACCACGCUCCUGUAACAUUCAAGAAAGUCUAUUUAUGUAAGCAAAGAUUUAUUUUAAACCAAAAAUAUUCCCUUUGUUCUCUUUGAGGCUGUAUUUUUAUGAGUUAUAAAGAAGCUGGAGUUAAAUGAAUGCUAUAUUUUCAAAAAAACAAAUUGAAUUUAUUUUUCAGUUCUUUUGGAGAGAUGAGGGUUGUAUUUUGUGUACGGAGAACAUUGAAGCCAUGUGAGUUACCUCAGAUAAACCCUCCAUGAUCAAAGUUUCCAUCAAACUGCACCUUGAAUUACUUUUUUACCCUCCAAAGUCCUUCAUAUGUGCCAUUUUUUUUGUAAAAAUAUUUCCUGCUAUGCUUUGCUUCAGAGGGUUUACGAAAUGGGGAAAAAGAGCAGAUAGUGCCCAAGGACCUGCUGUAGCCCCUACUGUGUGUCGGUUCAUGUAACCUUCAGUAACUCUCACAUAGGUGCUCUGUAAUUUUAUGGAAUUGUUUUAAAUUUCAACAAUAAACUAUGGAUGCUGAAAAA